GAAGAUAUCCCUGGACUCUGGCCCUUUUCUACACUUUCUCCUUCGUGUUUACGUUGCAAAGGCUGCUUCUCCCUGGCGCUCUCUCCAAUUCCUGUCUCAGAUUCGCCGAUCGGACGGCCAUUCUUGUCCGCCAAUGACUCUCUUGACUCCUCCGCCUUUGGAUGAGGACGAUGAGAUGCUUGUUCCGCACACCGACUUCGCCGACGGUCCUCAGCCCAUGGAAGUGGCGCAGCCAGAUGCUGCUAGUACAGUGGAUGCGCAGACAGUGGAGGAUCCCCCGUCGGCCAGGUUCACGUGGACAAUUGAGAACUUUUCUAGGUUGAAUACCAAGAAGCUCUACUCGGAUGUGUUCUAUGUUGGAGGCUACAAAUGGAGGGUUCUUAUUUUUCCCAAGGGGAACAACGUGGACCAUUUGUCAAUGUACUUAGAUGUAGCUGAUUCAGCAACCUUGCCAUAUGGAUGGAGUAGAUAUGCUCAGUUCAGCUUGGCUGUGAUCAAUCAAAUUCAUAACAAGUUCACAAUUAGGAAAGAUACACAACACCAGUUCAAUGCACGUGAAAGUGAUUGGGGAUUCACUUCAUUCAUGCCUCUUGGUGAACUGUAUGACCCUGCAAGAGGUUAUCUUGUGAAUGAUACAUGCAUAGUUGAAGCUGAUGUUGCUGUCCGUAGGGUUAUUGAUUACUGGACUCAUGACUCAAAGAAGGAGACUGGUUAUGUUGGACUGAAGAACCAAGGAGCUACCUGUUACAUGAAUUCCCUUCUUCAGACACUCUACCAUAUUCCUUACUUCAGAAAGGCUGUGUAUCAUAUGCCGACAACUGAGAAUGAUAUGCCAUCAGGGAGUAUCCCUCUGGCUUUGCAGAGUUUAUUCUAUAAGCUCCAAUACAGUGACACUAGUGUAGCGACGAAAGAGUUGACAAAGUCUUUUGGGUGGGAUACUUAUGAUUCUUUCAUGCAGCAUGACGUGCAAGAACUCAAUAGGGUUCUUUGUGAAAAGCUUGAGGAUAAAAUGAAGGGAACUGUUGUGGAGGGUACUAUACAGCAGUUAUUUGAAGGGCACCAUAUGAACUAUAUUGAAUGCAUUAAUGUGGACUAUAAAUCAACAAGAAAGGAAUCAUUUUAUGAUCUUCAGCUUGAUGUCAAAGGCUGUCGCGAUGUUUAUGCUUCAUUUGACAAGUAUGUUGAGGUUGAACGUCUCGAGGGUGAUAAUAAGUAUCAUGCUGAAAUCCAUGGGCUACAGGAUGCCAGAAAAGGUGUUUUAUUCAUUGAUUUUCCUCCUGUCCUUCAACUUCAGCUAAAACGGUUUGAGUAUGAUUUUAUGCGGGAUACUAUGGUCAAGAUAAAUGACCGCUAUGAGUUCCCUUUGCAACUUGAUCUUGAUAGAGAGAAUGGCAAAUAUCUAUCACCAGAUGCCGAUAGGAGUGUUCGCAAUCUUUACACCCUUCACAGUGUUUUGGUUCACAGUGGUGGGGUGCAUGGUGGACAUUAUUAUGCUUAUAUAAGGCCAACACUCUCUGAUCAGUGGUUCAAAUUUGAUGAUGAACGGGUGACAAAAGAAGAUAUUAAGAGGGCACUAGAGGAGCAGUAUGGUGGUGAGGAAGAGCUACCCCAGACAAAUCCCGGAUUCAACAACUCUCCAUUCAAAUUUACAAAAUACUCAAAUGCAUACAUGCUUGUGUAUAUACGUGAAAGUGACAAGGAGAAAAUAAUUUGUAAUGUGGACGAGAAGGAUAUUGCUGAACACCUUAGAAUAAGGUUGAAGAAAGAACAAGAAGAAAAAGAGCAAAAGAGAAAGGAAAAAGCAGAGGCUCACCUUUACACUAUCAUAAAGGUUGCUCGGAAUGAGGACCUUAUUGAACAGAUUGGAAGGGACAUAUAUUUUGACCUUGUGGAUCAUGACAAAGUUCGUAGUUUUCGGAUUCAGAAACAGACUCCUUUUAACCUUUUCAAGGAGGAAGUUGCGAAAGAGUUCGGUAUACCAGUGCAAUUUCAACGUUUCUGGCUGUGGGCAAAGCGCCAAAACCAUACAUAUCGUCCAAAUCGUCCUUUGACACCCCAGGAGGAAGCACAAUCUGUUGGACAAUUGAGGGAAGUAUCCAAUAAGGCAAAUCAUGCUGAGCUAAAGUUGUUUUUGGAAGUUGAACUUGGGCAGGAUUUACGGCCGGUUCCCCCACCUGAGAAGACAAAAGAGGAGAUUCUCCUUUUCUUUAAACUUUAUGACCCUUUGAAAGAGGAGCUCCGGUAUGUUGGGAGGCUAUUUGUGAAGGGGAGUGGAAAGCCAAUUGAAAUAUUGUCAAAACUGAAUGAAUUGGCUGGCUUUAGUCCCAAUGAAGAGAUUGAACUUUUUGAGGAAAUAAAAUUUGAACCUAAUGUCAUGUGUGAACACAUUGAUAAGAGGCUCACUUUUCGUGCUAGUCAGCUUGAGGAUGGUGAUAUAAUUUGCUAUCAGAGACUCCUUCAAAUUGACAGUAGUCAACAAUGUCGCUAUCCUGAUGUUCCUUCAUUUCUGGAAUAUGUUCAUAAUCGUCAGGUUGUUCGCUUUCGCUCUCUAGAGAAGCCUAAGGAGGAUGAAUUUUGUCUUGAGUUGUCAAAGCUUUUCAAUUAUGAUGAUGUUGUGGAAAGAGUAGCUGCUCAUCUGGGAUUGGAUGACUCUUCCAAAAUCAGGCUUACAUCACAUAACUGUUACUCCCAACAACCUAAACCCCAACCUAUCAAGUACAGAGGAGUGGAACAUUUAUCAGACAUGUUGCUCCACUACAAUCAGACUUCUGAUAUACUAUAUUAUGAAGUAUUGGACAUCCCUCUGCCAGAACUACAAGGUCUUAAAACUUUGAAAGUUGCCUUUCACCAUGCUACAAAGGAAGAAGUAGUGAUUCAUACUAUUAGAUUGCCAAAACAGAGCACUGUAGGGGAUGUGAUAAAUGACCUUAAGUCCAAGGUGGAGUUGUCUCAUCCUAAUGCAGAACUUAGAUUGCUUGAAGUUUUCUAUCACAAGAUCUACAAGAUUUUCCCACUCAAUGAGAAGAUUGAGAACAUUAAUGAUCAAUACUGGACAUUACGUGCAGAGGAGAUUCCUGAAGAGGAGAAAAACCUAGGUCCUCAUGAUCGGUUGAUUCAUGUUUAUCAUUUUAUGAAAGACACAACUCAGAAUCAGGUGCAGGUUCAGAAUUUUGGAGAACCCUUUUUCUUGGUCAUCCAUGAGGGUGAGACUUUAGCUGAAGUUAAAGUGCGCAUACAGAAGAAAUUACAGGUUCCUGAUGAGGAGUUCUCAAAGUGGAAGUUUGCAUUUUUGUCCCUCGGUCGCCCUGAGUAUCUUCAGGACUCUGACAUUGUCUCUAGUCGAUUCCAGAGACGAGAAGUCUAUGGUGCUUGGGAGCAGUAUCUUGGUUUGGAGCACUCCGACAAUGCUCCCAAAAGGUCAUAUGCAGCUAAUCAGAAUCGCCACACAUUUGAGAAGCCAGUAAAAAUUUACAAUUAGGAAAAUCAGACAAUUUCCACCUUUGCAUCAGCUGCAUCAGAUAUGGGUUCAAUGGGGAUGUUCAGCAUUUUGGCAAGAGCAGAAGAUGCGAAAGAAAGGAAGCUAGCAGUGAGAGUUACUGCUGGAUUCGGUUAUUGAUUUUGUUAGGAUGUGUAAUUCUUUGUUAGAGGGUGGUGGAAGGAUUUUAACCUGCAAUUUAUGUUUCCUUUAUAGUUUGAACCUGCCUCCCAAGUUUUUCUCUGUGGAAUGCACCCGUCUCAGGGGUGAGGUAGGUGGUAUUUCAUAUUUUAUUCCAUUGUAAUCUAGAAGUACAUAAGAUUUUGGAUUUUGGGUUGGGAGGGAUGUAUAGAGAAUAUAGGCUUGGGUUUCAACGUCCUUUUUUCCUUUGUCCUACACUCCCCUUGGUGGUUUGUCUUUUAGAUGAAUGAGAGAAUGGGAGAGGGGUCUGUAUAAUGUUUGACUUGGUUACUGCGCUUCUGUGCAAAAGAAACAACUACUAUUCUCCACAUUUUAGUUA